UUCAAAAGAUCUAGACCGGUCUACAUCUUUUUAUUUUGUAAGUUUUCUUGUAGUCGCACAACAAUACCAGCAGGGAUAAAGUGCAGUAGUGAGUCUCGAUCCAGAUGCGCAUCGCUCGCUCACCACCACAGCCGUCUUUUCCUCUGUUGACGCUUCUUCUCCGCCACGUUGGUUCCCCGUGCGCGUGUGUCGCAUUCCGCUGCGCAUCACCGACGUUGUGUUUGUGAUGAGGCGGGAAAUGGCGUCCGCAGACAUGUUUGGUCUGUGACUAGCUACCGAGCGACAGACACAGCUGGCGGCAACAACCGCGGCCCGACCUCUACCGGUGGCCGCCACGGUCGCGGCCGAGAGCUGCCGCUGAGGGCUGGUUUUGAGGCACUUCUUAGAUCAUCAAUUUUUCUAUGUGACGUUGGAGCAUGAUGAAGCUGAGAGUGCGUAAAGCUCCUCAGCAGCCAAACUUUGGCCGUCGAACAAAGCCGUCCCAGGCCAAACGGAAACGCUGUGAAGUGGAGCCGUCCCCAGUGAGAGGUCGAGGCAAAAUGCAGAAGAAUGAAACCGGCCUUUUCUCCACGAUAAAGAAAUUCAUCCGUGGAAAUGCUGUCAAGGUGGAGCAGGAUAUCCCGGCGAAGAGGAGUCGUAUUGAUUGUAAUCCUGAGAGCGACCUAAUUACUUCAACGCCACAGACGAGAGGCCUUUCCAACAAAACUGUCUCCAGAGUUUGCCGGAAAAGUCCAGAAAAAGACACAAUGACCUGCAACAGUAAACCCAUGAAACCGAACGGUAAGCUGGAGGCGCCCGUCGAGGCCGCGAGCAACCCUCCACGCACCACCCUGCUCGGCACAAUCUUCUCCCCAGUCUUCAACUUCUUCUCACCAGCAACUAAAACUGCCACUCCCGGUUCCGACUCUCCUGGCGAAGCGGUGGAGGCCGAGGAAAUCAUCAAGCAGCUGGACAUCGAACCGGCAGAAGAAAUGCCAAGCAGCACCCUGACCUCCACAGAGGGCAUCGCCCCGAUGUUACCGCAGAGGCUUCCGAUGACCUCGGACACGAGCAUAGAACAAGGAGAAAUAGUCACUGAAACUGACAUGCCACCAUUAACGGCGCUGGGUUGUAUGCCGGCUGGUGGUUACCCACACGCUCUGCCGGCAGCUCCUCCAGAAACCUCAUAUGAAGAGGAAUGGGAAGUUUUUGAUCCGUACUUCUUCAUCAAGCACGUGCCUCCACUGACCGAAGAGCAGUUGACACGCAAACCGGCGUUACCUUUGAAAACACGCAGCACGCCAGAGUUUUCCCUCGUCUUGGAUCUGGAUGAAACUCUGGUCCACUGCAGUUUGAACGAGCUCGAAGACGCAGCCCUGACAUUCCCUGUGCUCUUUCAAGAUGUUAUAUACCAGGUGUAUGUUCGGUUGAGGCCUUUUUUCCGGGAGUUUCUUGAGCGCAUGUCUCAAAUGUAUGAGAUUAUUCUCUUCACGGCUUCAAAGAAAGUGUACGCGGACAAGUUGCUCAACAUCCUGGACCCGAAGAAGCAGCUGGUCAGACAUCGGCUGUUUCGUGAGCACUGUGUGUGUGUUCAAGGGAAUUAUAUUAAAGACCUGAAUAUUCUCGGACGGGAUCUUUCCAAGACGAUAAUCAUCGACAACUCACCCCAAGCCUUUGCCUAUCAGCUUUCCAACGGGAUUCCUAUUGAGAGCUGGUUUGUGGAUAGAAAUGACAACGAGCUUCUGAAGCUUGUUCCUUUCCUGGAGAAGCUGGUGGAACUGAACGAAGAUGUCCGACCGCACAUCCGGGAGCAGUUUCGUUUGCACAACCUCCUUCCUCCAGACUGACCGUGUGUUCGUCUCUAAGUUCAAGAUGGUGUCAACAUUCAGGAGAGGAAGAAGAAGAAGAAGACUCCCAGAAAAAUGCACUCAACGGAUUUCUACAUUGCAAUUGUUAGUUUAUAAAUUAUGCAAAACAUUGAAAGUUAUGAUCGAGUCCAAAAGCCCUGGGUGUUUUCACACACACACACACACACACACACACACACACACGUUCAAACCAGAUUUGGAGAAGACUUUUCACUCGUUUGUUUCUCGUGCGACUUUGAAGGCCUGGAGGUGUUUUGUCUUUGAACCUUUGGGAGGAACCGAAUGUCGUGCCGUGUUGGAUCUGAUGGACCUUGAGCGGACAGUCAAACCUGUAUAAUAUUCACUCUAUUUACUUGUAAAUAUAUGUACAUAGGUUGUUUUUUUUUCCCCCUCAAGGGUUUUAAGUCAUUUUAAUUUCUAAUUUUAGUAUGUAUUCUCGGAUUCGGUUGCUUUUAUAAACCAACAAACAGUUAGCGUGUUUCGUUUGAAGUUGUUGAUGAGCAGCUGCGUUCCUGUUGUCUGCCUGCAUUAUUCCUGUGAUGCUUUACUCCAUUACAUGCAGUUGUCUGUAUUAAGGUGCAGUAAAAAAAAAAAAAGUAUCUUUGGGGGCAGGGGAAAUGUUACUGAAACAAUAUUUUAAAUUCUGUAAUUUAAGCUAGACUUAGGUCUCAACUGAAUAUAAAGCCAUAAUGGCUGAAUUUUAAAUUUGGAUAUUUGUAUUUGAAAGUCCAUCGGGGGGUUCAGGCAUCGUGCACUUUGACAUCCAGCCCUUUGUAAGAAGAUGUAAAAUCUUGUCACUUUUCUAUACAGGUGUGAAUCACCUCGAUUUGUUAUGUGGAGCGGAGUGAAAUUGUAGCACCAGCAAAUUGCCAACAUGUUUGCUUUGAAAUCUUGUUUUCCAAGACGACGUCUGGGAUCUUUACGAUGUAGGAGUCACACGUUUUAUUGACUAUUGAAUGAUCACUCCUGUUGUAUUCAGUGUUACUCAAUGGUUUCCUUGAAAAUAAAUACAUUUUUAUACGA